CCUAAAUUCAAUGAAAGCGUUGUCUUCAUCGGCUAAACAGAAAUAUUUGGAUCGACUGAAAGUGCACUCAAAGGGAGAGAUCCAUGACUUCUGCGAUGCGCUCAUUGAAGCCAAAGAGGAGGCCAUCGCUGACGAGAAGGAGUCCGCCCUUCAUCUCAACGAUCAGAACCUAUCCCUCGUUAUUAUGGAUCUCUUCAUAGCGGGUUCCGACACAACGGCGUUAACUAUGCGAUGGAUUAUACUAUUGAUGGCAAACAAUAUAGAAAUGCAGUUAAGAAUGAGACACGAAAUCAAUGAUAUUAUCGGCGAUAGAGUGGCAGACAAUCACCACAAGAAUGACUGCCAUUAUGUCAACGCUUUUAUCGCUGAGACACUCAGAUAUAAAGGGGUCGCGCCGUUAGGUAUUCCACACGUAGCCCUCUGUGACAUGCAAUUGGGUAGUAAAUACUUAAACGAUUCGUUCGUAUUUGGAAACCUAUUGGCCAUAUCUAAUGACCCCAACCUAUGGCCUAAACCGGAUGUCUUCUCCCCCAACAGGUUCUUAGAUAAGGACAACAAAUACAUGUCAGCCCUCCCGGGGUUCACACCCUUUGGAAUCGGACGGCGUAUAUGUUUGGGUGAAAGGCUGGCGCUCGCGGACCUCUUCUACAUAACUGUCCGCCUAUUGAAGUCCACUAAAGACUAUGUGUUUGCGUUGCCAUCGGGUGGGGGUACGGCUGAUUUGGAUCUGGACCCAAAUAAUGAACUCAUGGGUCGCAUAAAGACUAGUUUUGGUGAAGUAUUGCUUCAAAACGGAAAGGAUGUGGUCUUCUCAGAUCACGGACCCGUUUGGGCCAGUCUUAGACGGGUUGGCCACUCGGCGGUCAGAAAACUAGCGGUAAGUGAGAAGUUGUCUGAUUUGGCGGACGAUGUGGUCAAUGAAACCGUUGAGACAAUGAUUAGUAAUGAAGGCAUCGGUAAACCAUUUAAUCCCAAGACCUAUAUCUAUAUGUCUGUCUUCAACAUAAUCGCGUCGUCGGCUUUUGGCAAACGAUACUCUUUCGAUGACAAAGAACUCAAAUUUUUUGAAGAAAGCUUUGAGUACUUCAGAGCCAAUACUAAUCCACUCUUUCUGGUGGACAGAGUGCCGAUUCUGAAGCCAUUUUACGCCAAUAUAGUGAAUAAAACUUUACAAACAGUCAAAUCGUUGUCCUCAUCGGUUAAACAGAAAUAUUUGGUAGCUGACUUUCACGUGAGUUUCCCUCUCUAG